CCCUGCCCGCUGUCAUCCAAUCAGCAGCGGCGCACCUGACAAGUGCCGUCAAUCAGCCGGGCAUCCUUCACGCACUUUCUAUGCCCGGUGCUGGCGGUAGAGACCUCGGAUGCGCAGAGCAGGGGGCGCCUCGGCGGCGGGGGAGAGCCCGGCGCGCCCACGGGACGGACGCGAUGUGAUGCGGGAGACGCGCUGGCUGAGGCAGCUCUGGAGCCGGGAAGUGUCAGCGGCUGCCCUGUGAGCGUCCUUGUGACCGAACAAAGUACAAUAAUUACUUCAUGAUGUGUCUCCGAAGCCAAACACAUGCUCAGUAGAGGACUUAAACGCAAGUUUAAUGAUUGUAAGGAGACCAUGACUGACUUACCUUGUGCCUAUGACUCCAACAGAAACAUGCCAUACAGUCAUCAAAGGCAGCUGGUGCUGAACAUGUGCCUGAACAAACUGCAAAACUAUAAAAUGCUGGCUGAGCCUAACCUGCACCGUUCCGUUCUCAUAGCCAAUACAGUGCGUCAAAUACAGGAGGAAACAAGGCAGGAGGCCAGCCAGCUGCCGGGAAUUGUGGGUAAUGACAUUACCUCCAACAGCUUCAUGUAUACAGGAAGCGAGUCCUUGGAGAGCUGUUUAAAUUUGCCUUUUGGAAUGAACACAGACUUCACUAGAGACUCCUGGCCCAAUGAUAAUCUGGGGGACAGCCUGAUGGAAGUAACAGAUGAUGACAUGUCUUCUGCCAUCUCCUCAAUACUCAAAGAUCUAGACUUUGUUGAAGAUAUAAACCCAUCUCCUGCCCUGGGUCCUGCUGUGGAAGACCUGCCAAAACCUAUGGAAAAUGGAUUCAGAGGGGAAAAACAGGACACAAGGGCAGCAGAAUGCGUCUUUGGUUCCUUUGAACUUACAAGUUCUACCAGUUAUUUAAAGGACUUAUCAGUGGAUGACAUAUUUGAUGAUAUUGAUACAUCUAUGUAUGACUCCGAUUUUAGUUUUUCCUCCUUAAUCACACCAAGAUUACAGCCUUCUCUUGAAGAGCCCCUCAAACUGUAUACGCUGUGCAAUAAUUCCUCCAACAACAACUUGCAAGUCUGUAGGACAGAUUUGAAUGACUUGGACCACAUCAUGGAGAUUUUAGUUGGUUCCUGACAUCGCGAUAUCUACCAAUCGUCAUUCAAUGCCUAUUUAUGUGCCGCUGAGUGAGAAAUGUGUUUCAAACUUUAACCGUUGAUAGUAAGCGCAAGUUGAUAUUACCCACAAAUGAUCAACUUCUUUUCUUUGGACUGGAUAGAUAUAAAAUAAAUCUAGAUAUAUCUAAGUUGUAAAUCGCUUGUGGGAUCCGAAACUGCCUAGCAACAGACGCCUACAGUAUUAUGCAUAUCCUUUUAACUGGAAAUUGAAAGAAAUGUGUGACCUGAGUAAAUUACAAAAACAGCUAUUUUUGUAACUAACAAUGUUUCUAAAUAUUUUCAUGUGGUACAAUAACCUUUCAAGAGCCAAUAGGGUCCCUACUUGUAUAUAGCGGACGCUACCUCCUGACAAAGUGCAAAAACCUACUCUUGUGCUGUACGUGGAUUUUCAUUUAUAUAGGGUUGUUAAGUGUUUUUAGCAGACCUUUUCCAAAUGAAUAUUGUACGUUUUUGA